GCCGCGACAGACAAAGCAAAGAUGGCAGGGAUCCUUGCCUGGUUCUGGAACGAGCGGUUCUGGCUGCCGCACAACGUCACCUGGGCCGACCUGCAGAGCACGGAGGAAGCCUCCUUCCCGCAGGCGGAGGACCUCUACCUCGCCUUCCCGCUGGCCUUCUGCAUCUUCAUGAUCCGGCUGCUCUUCGAAAGGUUCGUUGCUAAACCAUGUGCCUUAGGCCUUAAAGUCCAAGCCAACGGACCACAGAAAGCUCAACCUAAUGCUAUCCUGGAAAAAGUUUUCACAGCCAUUACAAAGCAUCCGGAUGAGAAGAGGCUGGAGGGCCUCUCCAAGCAGCUGGACUGGGACGUACGCAGCAUUCAGCGUUGGUUUCGACAAAGACGCAACCAGGAGAAGCCCAGUACUCUUACAAAGUUCUGUGAGAGCAUGUGGAGAUUUACAUUUUACCUUUAUAUAUUUACCUAUGGAGUACGGUUCCUGAAAAAGACACCCUGGCUUUGGAAUACCAGACAGUGCUGGAAUGGUUACCCAUAUCAGCCACUGAUGCCUGAUCUUCAUUAUUACUACAUUGCUGAAUUAUCAUUCUACUGGUCCUUAAUGUUUUCUCAGUUCAUUGACAUCAAAAGAAAGGAUUUUGGCAUCAUGUUUACACAUCACAUUGUAACUGUCACCCUGAUAACCUUCUCAUAUGUAACCAAUUUGACACGAGUGGGAACCCUGACCUUAUGUCUCCAUGAUGCUGCUGAUGUUGUCCUAGAGGCUGCCAAAAUGGCAAACUAUUGCAAGUGUCAAAAACUGAGUGACCUUCUGUUCCUUACGUUUGCAAUUGUCUUCAUUGUCAGUAGGCUUGGCAUAUAUCCUUUAUGGAUAUUAAACACUACAUUAUUUGAACUGUAUGAAGCUCUGGGCAAUUUUCCUGCCUUGUGGGUCUUCAAUGUGCUGCUUGUGGUUCUUCAAAUUCUGCACUGUUUUUGGUCUUAUCUAAUAAUAAAGGCAGCCUACAAAGCUAUUUCAAAAGGCAAGAACUUGGCCUGUUGUUUUGCACCCUCUCUUACUCUGCUUGUCUAUCCUGUCCCUUGUGCUGCAUUGGAAGGCUGGAAAGUGGAACCCCUUGCAUGUAACAAAGGAUGACCGAAGUGACAUUGAGUCAAGCUCAGAUGAGGAAGAAACAGUACCUCGUUCAAAGACCCUGCACAGUACUAUCACCACUAAUGGGACUGGUGGUGCCAAUGGGACAAAUGGUUAUCUUACUGGUAGCACAUGCUCAGAGGAGCAUUAAUCUUUGAGUGUCACAAGACAUAAACAGGAUGAACUGUUUGCUACUGUAAGUAAAUUAGAAGUUGCGAAUGCUGUUUCUUCAUAUAUAUCAGCAUAAAAAAAUUUAGGAGUAUCGAAGCAUUCUGAUAGUGCACUGCCAUACUCCCUGUUUGUGAAUGAAGACGACACAUCAUUCUGUAUACGUAGGUAGGCAUGCUGUAUGUGUAUGUAAUUGACACAAUGGGAGCAGUAUUUUCACUUGUACCAUAUUUGAAAUAUUAUUUAUUCUGUAUUCUUUCUGGGAACUUCUGGACAAAAGGGAACAUCUAUUCUCAAACUUUAUCUCUUGGGAUUCUCAGUGGUGGAGAGUAUCACACUCUGAUCUCUUCUGUCCAUUCCUGUUGCUUUUGCUGAGUCUGCUAUACAUAAUGGCUGCUUUAUUUGUUACUUACAAAAGAUAGAACAUAGCUUUGCAGAUUCUAGUUCUGCUUCAGAUAUUUUUGUUACUUUGUGUUUUAAAGUGCUGGUUUUGAAACUGCCUAUCGAAUCACACUGGCCAUUCCUCCAAUAUGAAGUUUUAAAAGACUGGAUUUAUAUGUUGAAUGCUAGGUAAUAUGAUCAAUUAGCAAUUAGGGAAAAAAGAACCAUUGUGAUUGUGGAAAUGUUACUUUAGAAUAACCUAAAAUUCAGAAUUGGUGGUUAAUUGCAUUAGAAGUAGAUUUGAUUAGUUGUGCAAAUUUCCAGAAGCAUUGAUGUCAGCAGUUAGGAUGCACUCAUUCUUGCCUUUUAUUUUUCCUUGCAAUUUUUGACAUCUAUUAUGACAAUCAGCUUUUUACACAGAUUCCAUGUUGAAAGUGCACCAUUGUGAAUCCAGAACUCACUCCUGAAACUAUUCUUCCAAGUUCAUAAAGAUGAGAGCAGAGAAUGAAAAAAGCAGCAGAUGAAGUCAUUGCUUCCUUGGACACAGUUUAUUCUAGGCACCAUUUGCACAUUAGCAAAAGACACGCUGAAAGUAAGGACAGAAUAGUAUGAAUGAAAAUCGUACCACCUCUUAGUAGAAAACAAAGGUAAGAAAACAAAAAAAAUUCUAAAUCAUGGGAGAAAAAAUGUCAGUUUUGCUACUUAUACAGCAUCCUUUAUUAUUCAGCAGUUUCAUAGUUUGUAUGUCCCUGAGCAUAUCUGAAGGAGAAAGGAAGUCUUAUUUAAAUCUCCCUCUCCUCUAAAAGCUUCUUUGCCUCUAAUUUUUUUUUCAUCUGUCUUCUGUGCCUCUGAUUUUAAUGCAAAUAACACAUAUGAAGAUAGUAUGUAAUACAGAUGAAGAUACCGUGAUUGCAAUAGAAGCUAUCCCAUCCACAGUAUUUGAAUGGCCACUGUUUAAGAAUUAUUGUUAAGAUUAUGCUAAGGUUUUAAAACAAAAUGAUCUUGGGAUUUAUUGAAUAAGUGUUAUUAGUUCUGAAAUCUGACUUGCUAAUUGACCUGGUCAUUGAGAAUAACAGUAUCAUAGAAUAACCAGAGUUAGAAUAGACCCACAAGGAUCAUUUAGUCCAGCUCCUGGCUCCACACAGGACCACCCACAAUUCAAUCCCUAUGUCUAAGAAUCUUGACUAAAUGUUCCUUGAAUUCCGGCCACAUGAGAUUGUGACCACCGCUCCACGGGAGAUUGUUCCAGUGCCAACCAGCCUCUGGUGAAUAGGCCUGAACAUGCUUCCUUCAUGAUGUUCAUUUCUAUCUCUACUGGAUUUCCCUUUUGCAAAGAUAGUUACAAAACUGGCAUUCUGGCAAAUAUUUUGUCUUAUAUGGGGGCAGAAUGUUGCUCUAAAUUGUCAGUGUACACCUAUAUUAUUGUAACAUCUUUGAUAUCUGGACAGAAAACAGUUCCUAUUAACAAUCUCCAAACAAGAGGCAGGUAACGUUGGUCCCUGUUGAUCCUCACCAGCUCUUUUCUAUAGUAUUGAGUCAGACCUACAGUCAGUGUUACAAACACAGUUGACUAGCUGCCUCUGGCUUAGUGUAUCCCCAUUGUUAAAUAAUGUAACUUGGAUUGAAACUUGGAUUGAAAUUGGUUUGAAUUCUAAAUUAAGUUGUAUCUGUUAUGCACUAAAGCAUGUAAAUACUUACUUUGGUUCAUCUGACCUCCAGUAACUUAUCUCCUAUAAAACAGGCUUUUUGAAGUCUAUUCAUAGCAGCUUAGAAUAAGUAUAAAUAUGUCUAGGAAAUAGGCAGAGUAACAGGGUCAAAAGGCAUGUUUGUGAAAAUGGGGUGAGAGCAAAGAAGCUUCAAGUACUUAACUAAACUUUGCUAAACAAUUUUUGAUGGAGAUUCAUAUAAUUAUUUAUCUGUCCUUACUGAAAAUGACCAGGUGUUUUAGUGAUCAUAUUUGGUAGCGUGCUUUGAUUCAUUGCUUUGGCCAAUGGAUGUCAAAACUUUGGCCUCAUCUUCCAGACAAUAUCACACACUUGUUUCCUUUUCAGUUGAAUUUGUUUGCUUCUUUGCUGAAGAGGUUUGUAAGGUGCUUUUGGAGGCUGUUACAUAUGUAAAGGAUAAUCACACAUAUUCCUGAAAAUGUAUUAAAGUGAUUCGCAUGGCUCAUGGUAAAUGCAAUAUCUUAAAAGGUUAUGUAUAUUCAUACCUUCUGUAGAAUUUAGAAAUGAGGGUUUGUAUUCUGUAACCUUUUUGUCUUCAACCUUUAUGCUCUCUUUCUAUAGUACAGUACACGACACAGUGGUUAAGAUGUUGAAGUAGAAAAAUGAGGAAGUGAUGUGUAGAGUUUGUUAGUAAAUGGUAGGAAUUUUUCUUCUUUCCUUAGCCAGUCCAGAGUAUAUUAAAAUAAAUUCAGGUCUCCCUUUGCUUACUGCUUUUCAUAUUGUCAUGCUUUGUACCAGAAAAAAAUAAAUAUAUUGGUUUUUUUUUCUUAAGAAAACAAAACAAACGCAAACACUUAAACAUUGCAGAAAAUGGAAGAAAUAUCUAAUGAAACAACAAUGGUGAACGCUGGAGUAAUUUGGGUCUUGAUUGUUGUUAAAUAGUGCUAGUUCUAUAAUACCAAAGUGUCCCAUGCUGUUUCCUUGUUGCCAUUUUGUAUUUUUUCUAUGCGUUAUUUAAUUCCAGCAGAGCUGAAACAGGUGUCACAGCUUCAGAUGUGUUCAGCUCCUGUUUCAGAUUGGGACCAUUCUGUAUGAUUGCUGAUGCCAAAUCCUUUUUCUGAGAUCCAAGUACAUGCACUAAAGCUUUGCUUACAGUAAAAUAAUUCUUGUCUUAAAUCUGUGUCUGUUUUGAAUGAAAAUCACUUCACAGUUCUGAAUGGACCAUGAUGGCAAAUGCUGUUAGCCUGCAGCAAAUGUCAGUGAUCAACUUGAGGUGAUUUAGACACCGCGUGUUUUACGCAGCCUAUUCUACUAAGAAGCAUAAUGCCUGUUAUGUUCAUCUUUUCAUUAGCUCAGCCUUCCGUAUUCUCAGAUAAAUAUGGGCUAACAUUGGUUUUCUAUAGUUGAUGCUUUGGUAUUUUUUUAAUCUAUUUGCUACAACCCAUUUUUGUAUGUCUCCUACUUGUCUACUUCUUGUGACAUUUGUUGUAAGAGAAGUUGUUGAAUACUUUUUAUCCUUCCUGUAAUGUAAAACCUGUUAGGCCUAACUUCAGUGUUCUGCAAACUACAGUUGCCUUUAAACCAUAAAGAAAAACCAAUUUGUAUUACUUGUUUUGAUGGGUUUGAUUUGGAGUAGGGAUCUAAUGGGAACUUCAGGAAGACAACCUUAUUCUUUAUUUCUUUUCUUUUUGGAAAAUAUUUAUGGACGUUUGGAAAAGUGACAUAUGUGUGUAGCCUUUAAAUUGUAAAGAUUUCUGACUGUAGUUGCAAUGAAAACACAGUGUUUGAAUGUGUCUGUACAGAAUUCUGUUUUUGAAAUUGCUUUCAAUUUGAAAAAUAGAUGAAAAGGCUAUGAAAUGAUGUUUUGCAGCUGACAGUGAUUACAGUGAUUAUAUAUGAGAUGGAAAAAAAAAAGAAAAAAAAAGAUUCUUAUCUAACCUAAAAUGAUCUAUGUAAUUAAAGACAUUUUAUAGCUUCUGUUGAACUUCAUCUUCUGGUAGUCCCAGGAUUUAAGUUUCAUAGAUAAGCUCUCAUGUUGUACUGUGCAUGUUGACUGCCUGUUGCAAGUCAGGGUUAGAGUGAGGCAGAUGACACUACUUCAGCUGUGUUUUCAUUACAAUCUGGUGCUUGAGCAACUCUUUCAGAAAUGCAAUGAUAUGUAGGAACUCCACAGUCCCAGACACAGUGAUGUGCUAGCUAGCUGAAAGUCCUUUUAUGUACAGCUGUUGCGUAGAACUUUGGGAGUUAUUUUGUGUUUGACUCAGUUUGGUUUUUUCGUUGUUUCUUUUUAUAUUAUGGACAAUAAGUAUUCCUCAUGAAGUCUCUGGAACCAAUUAAUAUUGUGGGUUAUUUUAAUUUGGAGACACUUUCAUAAUAAACAUAAAUAUUAGGAA